AACCAGGUUCGGAUAAUUACACCGGAAUCAGGGCUCAAAUCUUAAAUCAGAUCAGGUGGGGCCCACCAGGCGAACUUAAAGAGUCCGGAUCGGCACGCCAUGCACGUGUGGCUGGUUCAAUUGCCGUUUUCAAUCCAGACGGCCUAAAAAAGGCGGGAAAUAUCUAGUGCCAACGUCCCCUCCCUCCAUCUAAAAACGCCCCAAAAAAAAAAAAAAACUACCCUCUUUUUCUCAAUGGGGAAAGGACUCCAAACCAGCCCUGAAAUCAAAGAUCCGCCGUUAGAUCUUCAGGAACUCGGUCAUAACGGCGUUUCUGAAGAGACCCAAAACGUCUCAUCUCUCCUCAGAGUGAAAAAGCUCUCUGAAAACGCCGUUUUGCCUUCGAGAGCUUCUCCUCUAUCUGCAGGAUACGAUCUCUCCAGUGCAACGGCUACCCAAGUUCCUGCUCGAGGGAAAGCUGUGAUUCCUACGGAUUUGAGUAUUGGCAUACCCCAAGGAACAUACGCUCGUAUUGCGCCCCGAUCGGGCUUGACUUGGAAGCAUUCGAUCGACGUGGGCGCCGGAGUGAUCGACGCUGACUACCGAGGCCCGGUCGGUGUUAUUUUGUUCAAUCAUUCGGAUGUUGAUUUCAAUGUGAAGCCCGGUGAUCGAAUCGCGCAGCUGAUCAUUGGAAAGAUAAUGACACCCGAAGUUGUCGAAGUUGAGGAUUUGGAUUCUACCAUCAGAGGCAUUGGAGGGUUCGGAUCUACAGGGUUUUGAAGAGCAGCGUUCCUUCUUUUGGUUGAAUAUGAAUGUUUUUUGUGGUAGACUUUCACCGAACAGUUGGUGAGCAGCUUGAAUAUUAUUUUUUAUAUAUAAUUAAAUA